UCAUGGAUUGAGAGCCUCAUCAGGAGAAUCCCUGGAAAAAUAUCCAAAUUCAAUGACACCAAAGAAUGUGGAGUCCAUUGAAUCCCUGGGUGAAGGAGAAGAUGCAGAGUACCAUGUUGAUGAAGCUCUGGAAAGGAUGGCAGAGGCCAUUUUGCUUUUGAAACUGCUGGAAACUUCUUCAUUUUUUGAAACCCUGCCAAUUAAAAACUGGGAAGUGGCUCCUGCAGAUGCUCAAUCCAAAGAACUUGACAGACUGUUCAUUGGUGACAGAGAAUCCACUGUCAUU